UAUUUUCUUCUUAUAGAUGCUAUUUAAAUAGAAUUGCUUUCUUAAUUUCCUUUUGCAAUUCCUUUUGCACAUAAAUAGAAACAGCUGAUUUUUAUAAGUUGUUCUGGUAUCUUGCAGCUUUGUUGAAUUUUUUGUAACUAGUAGUUUUCUUGUGGAUGUGUUGGAAUUUCCAUAUCUGUGAAACAGGAUAUUUACUGUUCUUCCUUUCCAGCUUUGAUUCUUUUUAUUCUAUUCCUUGUCUAAUUGCUCUGGCGAGCAAUUCCAGCACAAUGCUAAAUCUGGUCAGCAUCUCUAAGUUUAACUUUUUUGUGUUGUGUGCAUGUUUGUUGGUUGGCUUUUUAGCUUUUCAGCUCCAGAAUUUGUUAGGUUCCUCUUAAGUUUUUCCAUGUAUAUUAUUAUUUCAUUCAUAUAUCGUGUUCCCUGUCAAUGUUCUCCUUUAGCAUUCUGAGCAUAUUUAUGACAGUGUUUCUCAUAGUAUUUGUCUAGUAUGCCUUCCUCCUUUCCAUACUGAAAGACUACUUCCUGGGUUGGAGCAGGCACAAAGAGGAAAAGGAGCAGCAAAUUUCUCGGCAUAGGUGCUGAGUAUAGUCCUAAUACUUGCCUUCCUUGGAUGUGAAUAUAUGUAACUGAUUUUCCUGCUAGUGCUUUUGUAGAUUCUUUUGACAUCUCACCCUCCCUCUCUCUGUUAUCAAUAUGACUAUCUUGUGUUUGUUUAGCUCAGGGAUUCAACACUUUUGAGCAUUCCAUAUUUUUUGGCUUGGAAUGAAAUCAUCUGGACAAUAGUAAGACCUUCCCAAGAGAGUAUGGCCUAAUUGAACACCAUUCUAUGGCAAGUAGUGGUCUAUUUUGUUUGUAAACUAUUUCACAUUUGGCAUUUUAAAAAUGACAAAACUUAUUAUGCCAACUAUUAGAUCAAUUUCUGAUAAAAUCUGGAAAAUCUUUCUCUUCUCAAACAUACUUUAAUUGUUCUUGUGUUUAAUAGACAUCAUAUCUUUUAGAAAGAUGUGGCCUCCUCCCUAAACAUACAGUUUUUGAAGUGUAAUCAUUUCCAAUUCAGUCCGAUGUUGUCAAGUUAUUAGAAUGUUCAGAAAAUUGGCCAUUUUGCUGCCAGGGAUGCCUCAAUUUGACUGAGGAAUCGUGUGAGGGGAAUUUUUGACACAAUGAUUCUGCAGCUUCAUUGUAAACCUACUUGCCCCGACUGCUGGGAAUCGUAGGCACAAAAAGAGAAGGGCUGAGGAUUGAAAUGAGGGGCUUGAGACAACUUGACACUAGUGGUUGCUUCUUUAUUUUUUCUUUACCUUCUCUUACUUUUCCCUGUCUUUCUUUUCCCUGUCUUUCUACCUUCCCUGACCUUCUCUCUGCUCCUCGCUCAGUAACCCCCCAACCUUCUCGUGGUUCUCCUCUUAUAUCCUGGUAGCUCCUCCCAUCAUACCUCCCAGUCUCAUUUGAUUAACAGGAAAAACCUGUGGUUUCUCAGAAGGCAAAAUGGUAAAGCAAAACUUAAUUGAUGGCACGUGUUGUGCAACAGUGCAUCCGGACAUCUCCCCCUUUUUUCUUUUAAAUGAGACACCUGGCCUGUCUUAGGAUGGCAUGUUCCGUGACCAGCCUUACCCGUCAUUGCUAAUCUGGCGAUGUUGGUCCAGACCGCUGUCUUAGGUUGGCCUGGACGGGCUACGCUCUUACCCGACUUUGGCUCUCGUGUUCUCUAGGGCUAAGUUGACCCAUCCAGAUGCCACUGGGGAGUCCUGGUCAAGUACUAUGACGCCAAGUACUUGCCUGACCGCAAUACCAGUUCUUUGUUUCGCUUCCGUAGCCGACGGAGAAACCAUAUGCCGAAUGCACAAACAGCAACUCUGGGAGGAGUCCUCUAAAACAGGCAAUGAGACCCUCACUCGUAACAGGGGUAACCUGAGUGUUGUUAAUGGUUAUGAGCCGUCUCGCCAAUUGAGCAGUCAGGUUCAGGAACUGGUGGUUCCAUGGUCCUCUGAUUACACUAUUUAACCUAUUUACUUCCAUAGACAUAUUUUUCACCAUAACAGGAAUUACACAAAUAAAACAAAAUGGUACAGAAGGUUAUAAGGCAUGUGAGCAGUUAACAAAAGUCUGUCUCAUAUUAGAGCUAUCUGCUGAUUAAGCAUCAAAAGUCCAUUUCGUAAAUGUUCAUUCAUAUCUUGCUAUGUUGAUAACACAAAAGCAACAUUGGCAGCUAAAUUGUUUAUAGUGUCAGCAUUUGCAGCAGCUUGAGUGACAGAGAUGGCGGCAGCAGCCGCAGCCAUGGACACCGCUAUUGAAACAGCGACAACAGCUGCAGUGAUGCCAAAAUCACGUCUCCUCCUAGGUAGAACAGGAAAAGGAAAGAUGUGCAGAAACAUCCACGGGCAUGAUUAAAGUAGAAAGCAGACAAAUGAUCACCACCCUUUCCGCACUCUGGGUCCAGCAGGCAGAGAGGGCACAGGGCUCCCCUGGACAGUUCAACACAGUUGCAUUUCCUGCAUUAUUGGAGAGGACAAAAAAGAAGGAGGACACAGACAAACAACAGUAGACAAACUCUCUGAUCUAUUAUUCUGGAUACUAACGGAUUGUUCAAUGGUAGAACUAAUGUUUGCAGAUUAAAUGCCUUUAAAUAAUUUCACCUCACCCUGGCCCAACAGGGCACUAUCCAAUGGCUUGGAAGCCAGACCAGUAGUAAGAUUAGUGGCAAAUACUUGCGGAAAAGUGGAAUCAUGAUGAUUAAUGAGGAGCAAAAAAGGCAUCUGAUGCACAAUCGCCCAUCGUACUGACAACUGGGAUGCUCGUGUCAUCAAGGUUAGCAGGUUCAGGUAUAUUGACAAACCGAACCAAUAGAGCAGGAACCGAUUGGGGUGCUUCCACAUCUCGUGGGAAAAGACAAAUGCUGCCAGGCAGCUGUAUUAGUACUGCUGCGGGUGGUUGCCACUCAUUAUUGACCGGGUCCUUCCAUCUGGCUUGCAGCACCGUGACCUGCCGAGGGUCUGGCGACCAGUGCCGAUCAGCAGCUGACCGCCCCUGGGUAUCUAGGGUCAAAAAAUUAAGGGUAAAGAGAGAUGUAGUCAAACCAUCCCUGGGGGAGUGUUCUCCACCUGUUUGUUUUAAAAGCAUAGUUUUCAGAGAACCAUGGGCACGUUCAACUAUACCCUGCCCCUGCGGGUUGUAUGGAAUUCCCGUUUUGUGCACAAUGCGAUGGACCACACAAAAGGAGGCAAAAGCCUUACUGGUAUAACCAGGACCAUUAUCUGUCUUAAUGACACAUGGGUGGCCCAUUACCGCAAACAUUUGUAGCAAAUGUGAGCGGACAUCAGAAGUCUUUUCACUGCAAUGUGGGGAGGCGAAAAGAAAACCAGAGAAUGUGUCAAUGGAGACAUGGACCAGGCUCUGUCCUCCAAAAGAGGGAACAUGAGUCACAUCGGUUUGCCAAAUAUGGUUAGGGAGGAUGCCCCGGGGGUUAACUGCUGGGGGCGGCAUAGCAGCUAGAGCAAAAGGUGCACACUUGUGAGAGGCACAAACAAUGUCACGAGCUUGAUGACGAGUCAACCCGUAAUGACCCUUAAGUGGCAUUGGUGUGCAAGACUGCAUGCUCUUCCAUAGCACUCUGAAGUGCUGGACAAAUUAGAUGUCCCCUAGUAAGAGAAUCAGCCACGUCAUUGCCAGCCGCUAAAGGUCCUGGCAAUGGGAGAUGACCUCAGAUAUGACCCACAAAAGGUGAUGAAUUCUCUUACAAAUCAGUGUUUGCAACUGAUGAAGGAGGGGUGCAAUGGAGCUAUGAACAGAAAUAUGAGCAACAGUUUCCAAAACAUUUAAAGCAUGUACCAGAUAUUUGCUGUCAGAAUACAAAUUGAUAGGUUCUCGUGAGUAGGUCUCGAGAGCCGAGAGGACGGCGGUCGCCUCAAUGACUUGGGCUGUACCACUGGGCACCGAGACCACCUUCCGAUCACCUUCAGAGACAAAAGAGGCUGUACCAUUACUGGAGCCAUCUGUAAACACUGUCCAAACCUCCGCAGUAGGUUCAGUAACGAGGAUCCUGGGGAAACAGACUGGAUGAUUUUGUAAAAAUUUGCAUAAAGGGUUGCUAGGAUAAUGCAAAUCAAAAAGCACUGAAGUGGUAAAAUAAAGGAUACUCCAUGUUUCAUCGUGGCAUAUUAACCACUGAAUUUGUUCUUUGUUAUAGGGGAGAAUCACCACUCGUGGGUGAGUACCUGAAAGAUGUAGACUGGAGUCCAGAGCCAUUUGUACAAUUCUGGCAACCGAAUGUAAAUAAGGCUCUAAGACUCGUUUUGGACAGAUGUUAAGAUGGAUCCAAUAAACGGGACCAUCUUGCCAUAUAAGCGCCGUGGGACUAAGAUUACUACAAAAUACCAAGACAUCAAAAGGACAGAAAAUCUAUUUAAGGUCACCUGGGCUAGAGCCUUUUCGACUCUAGUAAUCGCUUCACGAGCCUCCUGCGUAAUGGCUCUAGGGGAAGCGGGGUCUGCAUCCCCUUUCAACAUGUCAAAAAGGGGCUUCAGCUCUCCCGAUGUAAUAGAGAGCGAAGAGCGUAUCCGUGCUAGAUCGCCACAUAGGCAUUGGAAAUCAUGCAAGGUGCAAAGGGGAUAUAGAGAUAACUCCACGAGAAACAGACACAGGAAUCUUAAUUUCUCCAGUGUAAUCAGUAUCAACGAGACCUGGGAUGGCCUCUUUGAGGGCACUGGAGCUGCGGCCGUUAUUAGUCCCACAAUUCCAUCGGGGAGAGGACCAUACUGGCCCGUAGGUGUUGGCAUUGAUGACAUGUUUAUCAUGAUUUCUGCCUGGCAGAAGACCAACAUCAUGGACAGCGUACAACAGCAAAUGUCUGACGUCUACUCACAUGUGGCGGUGCCCAUCACCAUCACCACUCCCACAAAUGUCCUGGCCUUCUUUACAGGGGUGAUGACCUCCUUUAAGUCCGUGCAGUACUUUUGCAUUUACACGGGAACAACCUUGCUCUUCUGUUACUUUUAUAACAUCACCUGUUUUGGCGCCUCUAUGGCCCUAGAUGGUAGGAGAGAAGCGGCCUGUCAGCGCAGGCUGCAAAGGUCAGAGGGAAACCCGGACCAAAAUUCUUCCUCGCUGAUAAGGUGCUGCGGCCAGCAUUUAUCUAUUUUGAUCAAUAUUCUGCAACCUUAGAAAACACUAUUCAAAGUGUCAUUUUUGCAUACGUAGCUAUGUUGUUUCUUUAUUGUUAAUCCCCCACCCAUUGUGAUCCUUGUGGGUCACUUUUUCUAUUGGGUCUGUGAUUGUAGGAAUAACAGGUUUCAUGGGAUUCUGGCAUGUCAACCUUGAUUCUGUAUCCAUGAUGAAUCUUGUGAUUUGUAUAGGGUUUUCUUUUGAUUUUUGUGCACAUAUUUCAUAUGCAUUUGUUUCCAGUUCUAAAUCCUCAUCAAAUCAAAAAACAACUGAGGCAUUGUUUUUGCUAGAUUACCCAGUGUUACAAUGUGCACUGUCAACAAUAAUAGGAGUGGGUGUUUUAUCUGUAGCUAACACAUACAUCUUCAGGACAUGUUUUAAAAUUAUGUUUUUUGUCAUGGUAUUGGGGGCUAUUCAUUGCCCAGUUUUUAUUUCAGUAUUCGUAACCAUUUUUUGAAGAUUUGUUGGAAUAUCCACUAACAAAUCAGUGCCCAAUGAUAGAAUUCUUGACUGCCCCAACACAGUCUGGUAAAAACGCUAUAUUAAGGAUAGUUGAUAAACUGAAAACAAGGCAUGUUUUCCUUGAUUUGGAAAUCUCAUUCCAAGCUGUUCUUUAAAAUAUCCUGAGAAAAAUUAAUUAGUCCUACAUUAAAAUAUUUUUACUCAAUUAGGAAGUGUUGUCAUCUUUAUUGUAAACUAUAAAAAUUGGGUGUAAGGUAAAACGUUCCAAUUUUUUUUUCUAUUUUUUUCCUCUUAUCAUUAGCCUUUCUGCCUGGAAUUAAGAAUUUUCUACAUUAUAUAUACUCAGUGGGAUGUUAUGUGUAUUGUACUUCCUAUAUGCAUUACUAUGUAAAGGUUCAAAUUACUAUUACUUAAUCUCCAUACUGGGACUUUUCUAUGCACUUUCUUAAUCGUAUAUUCAGAUGAACUGAAGUUGCUAUCAAUAUAUUUUUUUUUUUUAAUUUUGAAGAAUUAACCACUUUAGGGUCCUUCCGGGUGGCACGGGCAGUUGAGCGCCACAGUGUUAAGAUGUCCGCAGCCUCAGCAGCACUGGUUCGAUCCUAGCCGGCCAGGGAGAAUCCAAAAGGCAAAGCAGACCUUCCCCGUCUCGCCAGCUGCUCCCCUCAGCACUGUGUUUUGGUUGUCUGCCUGUUCUGCUCCCCACUCAGUUUCUGGUAAAUCCUCUCAUCUUUCUGUGCAUCUGGUCUGUACCACUGUUCUUGUAUAAAUAAAUAUAUCUGAAAAAAAAAAAGAAUAAACCAAUGAA